UGUCCUUCUCUGCCUCCCCGGGGUUGCGGUACCUCCUCCGCCCUAUGCAGCCAGCGUAGCAGUCACUGCUGGGCUACUAUAAAAACUCCAGAGCGGCUUUCCGCGGCUCUUGAAGAUGAAGGUGCCUCUGCCGCUGAGGUCUGCAGCCCCAGGCACUGCCACCGCUGCGCCCGACUGGAAGAAGGCUCCUCGAUGCCCGGGAAAAGUAGUCGCGGCUGGAAAGCAUCUCUCCGGACAGUGGCAGUAGCAGGUCCCGCUACUGCCAUGAGUUGCUCGGACGUGGUGAGGCAUCACCCGCCCCAGUUGAAGCUGUCUAGUGCAGUGGCAGCGGCAUCCUGUCCCGCGACUCCUUGCCCCUUUCCUGCGCUGCCCUUCUCGCAGAGCCAACAGGCUAAAUUUGCUGUAUAUAGCAAGAUGCAGGAGUCUCUGGAAGCAGCUCUUCCUAACAAACAAGAGGAAGAUGAGAAAGACCAGCCUGCUGAAAUGGAGUACCUUAACUCUCGGUGCAUCCUUUUCACUUACUUCCAGGGAGACAUUGGGUCAGUAGUGGAUGAACACUUUUCAAGAGCAUUAAAUCAAGCCAGCAGCUUCAACUCAGAGUCUGUCCUUUCAAAAAGCAAGGCAGGGCUUAACCCGCUAUGGAGAGAGAACUCUGCAAUAGCAAGCCAAAGGAGUGGUUUCCCAGCUUCGUUUUGGACCAGUUCUUAUCAAACACCACCUCCACCAUGCUUAGCUGGAGUUCAUCAUGAUUUCCCAGUUACUGCACCAAGCACCUUCUCAACUGCAGAUCCUAGCAACUGGCCAGGACAUACCCUGCACCAGACUGUUCCACCUCCUCCUCCUCCACCUAGCAUGUCAGAAUCCUGGCAUUAUCCUUUGGCAUCUCAGGUGAGUCCUACAUAUGGACACAUGCAUGAUGUGUACAUGCAUCAUCAUCACCCCCAUGCGCACAUGCAUCACCACCACCACCCGCCGACUUCACACCUUGACCCAGGGUACAGACCUUUGCUGAUGCCUUCAGUUUGUACAGGCAAGAUUCCUCCACCACAUUGUGAUGCAGCCAGGACAGAUUCUACAACUGUCACCAGUGCUACCUCAGCAUGGGCUGGAACUUUUCAUGGAACAGUCGACAUUGUGCCAACCUUUGGGUUUGACACAGUAGGCAUACAGCACCAGGAAAAAAGUAAGGAGACGUCAUGGUUUUGAAAUACAAGUGGACCUUACCUGUAUCCAGUAUUAAGAGUCUCCACCUUUGUGAAGGGAGCACUGCAAUUUUUUUUUUCACCCUUUCUGCACAGUGGCAACAGACUUACUGCUAAACUGAUGGAGGGACAACCAGCCAUAAUUUUGUGAUUGAGUCUUUACCUCUAGAAGACCAUUUCUAAUUCCCGGGACAUUUUAAAAAAAAGCCUUUCUAUUGUAUAUCUGAGCCUGCAGCAGCAUUUCUGCAAUCUAACCUUUUUGCUCCUGUAACAGUAUUUUGCUUAUAUAUAUAUAUAUAUGGAGAGAGAGAGAGGCUGGUCAGGAGAGGCCUAGCCUUGACUAGUCAUCAUCUGUUCAGGAAUACAGUUUUUGUAGCUCUUUGUGCAUCUGUUUUUUGUAGAAAUACAGAAAGUUUGCAUAAGUGUUGGGCUAUUUUAGAACAAUGUAUUUUUUUAAAAAAUAUAUAAAAUGGUAAAGUUCUGUUUAAAGAACUUGUUCUCAGAGAAGCACUGGCAAAAUGUAUAAGAUGCAUAUUUUUAGAUGUCUGAUGUGCUUGUAUGGGAUUUUGUUAUUAUUGCUGUCUGAAGUAUCUAUCAUGAAAUGAUUCAAACAUAUAUAUAACAAUCCCACGGGAUCUUGAAUGUACUUUGCUGUUUGCUUAACCAAUCAAUCAAAUGUCGAAUAUUUUCUAUGGCCAUGCUCGGUUACUAAAAAAUGAUUAUCUCCUUUGCUGCUUCUGAAGAUAACUUUGAGCUGUGCAACCCAUGAGAAAAUAUUGUUGAAACGAGCCACAGAUGUUAUUUAAACUUUAAGCCUACAUAGGUGGGUAGCCAGAUCCUUUAAAUUGAUUUCAGCUACACUGUUGAUAAAUACCACUGCUGCUGAAGACAGAGCCUGUGCCUGGCUCUUGAGGCUAAAUUGUUUUUUUUGCUGGCCUAUAUUUCUGCUAACCAUUGUGUGUGUCUAUAGAUAGCCUAGGUUCUAGUUUAGGGAUGCCCAAUGGUGUUUCCAAUGGGAUGUUUCACUUCUUACCCUUGAAUGGAAGACUUGCGUUCCAAAUUACAAACUGGCUUUGAAACACCCCAGACAUUUCAAUGCCCUUGUAGUCCAAUUCUUUGGAUCUAAAUAAUAGCUGGAACUCCUUUCCAUCAGGCAGUAAAGCUUUUAUGGGGCUGAAAGGCCUAUUGAGUGCUGCAGAGGAGGACUAGUAUAGUUGGUAAAGGUCAACCCAGCACAGUAAGCUAUUGCCUUAAUAGCAUAUGCAAACAAGAAUGAAAAUUUCAUUAGAAGCCAAUACAACUAACUAAAGAAUAAAAGUACUCAAGACUGAACUCAGCUGGUGCAAUCUUGAGGGCCACUGAGGCGGAAGCAGCUGAUGCAAAAUGGCUGGGCUACUCUAUUCCCUAAGGGCCUUCUGCAGGGGGAAACAAGAAUGUAAGCCCUUUCAGAAGGCACAGACAGCACAAUAAGUGUACUGGAUUCAGUAGCAGCCCUGGUAACAUCCACCAAUCAGAUGUCAGCCAAUGAUGCUUCUUUGAGUGGCACAAACAGGUGCAGGAAAUCAGCUGCUGAUCCAGCUGCUGACCCUUGAUGCCACUCCCACUCACACCUUACAAGAAGCCUGCAGUCAGGGAGGAAAGAUUUGGUAAUAGUGCAACUCUUACAGAGGCAUGUGGCCUGACAGACCUCUCCCCAACCAUCAGGGGAAAGGCACCCCUGUGGUGGUCAAGACAUUGCCUCCUUACCCAGCAAGGGCUUGACUGGCAGCAGAAGUGCUACCCACACAUAAACAUCAUUGAUCCGACUCCCCCCCGCCCCCCGCCAAGUAAAAAUAGGAAGACGAAGAAAGAGGCCAUCCUUGAAUCCACAAUCCACCCUCACAAAUGAAUGCAUGCCCAAGAGCAGCCAGGAUGCUCCAGGAGGGGACCUAGAAAUGGUAACUGGAUAGAGUGGCAGCAGUGGCAAUGACCGUGCUCCUAGGUCUCUCUGGUGAAUCAGCACCUGCACAGAAGCAAAACAAAUAUGUGCAGUGAUGGACAUAGCCCUGGCAGGGUCCAUGGUCCCAGCUGUGAGAAGAUAUGUGCCAGGAGAUCCGCCUGAGGCUCAUCCUAAUGACACUUGUCAAGUCCAUAAAGAAGUGCUCUACUACUGCUUGCUGCUGCUUCAUGUGGCCCAUAUCCUGCAAUGCAGUGGGUCCCAGGGUAACUUGGCCAGCUGAGCCACAGAGUAUAGUGGCCAGCUGUCCCAACCCCAAACCUCAGUUGUGCCCUGACCCCUACGUGAGAGAGGGCACCCUGGUAAAAGAGUAUGCUAACAACCCAGUGCUUGAGUGGAUUCCUGCCCUGCUCACCAGUGCAUGAUUGCCCCUUUUGCUUGUGUCUCCUGUUAGAUUUCUGAAAUGAGACACGUCAGCCAUACAGAAUGGACUUCAGUCUCCCUCUUGGGGGUUUGUUCUACGUGCUGCCCUAGUAAUGCUAAGUGCCCACUCUGUGCCUCCCCUGCCAUCAAAGUGCAAGGCUGCACACUCUAAGUCUGAACAGCAGAGAGUUCUGAGGCAGGUAGUGCUUGGGCGUAGUGAUUGAGUGUUGGGAAGGGGGUUGAUUGGUUGUGGUGUAGUUGGCAUCCUGUGCUCUGCUGGGGCUUUUGGGUGGGGCCACACCUGUUUGGGGGCAUUGGCCUUUCCCAAGGCAUGGGCAUUUAUGUGCGUGCCAUGUUUUUUGCUGGUGUAACUUUAUACCUCUGUUGGGGAGCAUUCCCAGGUGGAGCAGCUUAGGGAGCCAGCUAAUUACCACCAUGCCCCUUGGCAUAUGGUAAUGGUGGGGCAGCAUUGGUGACCGAUGCUGACAUAGCAGCACCGGGGUGUAACUCCUGCAUACAUCAGCAUAUCUCACAGAGCCGGCAUAGCUCCUGGUCAACUCCCUAAAUGCUUUUUGGCCUCUCCCUCAGCAUUGUGUUACUAAUUAUUUAGCUCCCCGAAACAAUAGCUAUUCCAAAUACAUUUCUACAAGCAGAAAUAAAUUCAGAUAGAAUGCUGUCCAGAUGUCAUGUUGUCCAGGUGUCAUCAGACAAACUUUCAGCAGUGGCUUUUUCAUUCUGGAUCAGGUUCCUUUUUGUGAGAACUGUAUGUUCAAAACUCAGUACUUUUCAAUACUGGAAUAAAGUUAUUCAUUUUCCACA